GGCCGGGGCCGGGGCAGGGGCAGGGCUGGCGGCAGCAGCGCUCCGCGCCGGGGCAGCGGCGGCUCCGGAGCCUCCGCGUCGCGCCGGGCUGCAGCGGCGGCCGCCCCGCAGGUACAAAUGAAGUCAUACUUAUCUGAAACGGCAUGCUGAGCUGGGCUGAGCGGGUGCUGCUCCCUCCUGCCUGUGGCUGCAGCUCUCCCUUGAUGAAAGUUAAUCCUAGUUAACGCUUUUGGCAGUAAAACAAGUCUUGUUCUAAAACAGGAGCAGGGAAGACUUCAUAGCAAGCUCUGUUCUUUGGGAACUGCAGCAGCUUAAAGCAUUGGAAGAUGGUCUCUACAAGCUAUGUCGGCUUUUGCAACUACGGCUUGUUUUGAAAUCCAAACCUGCACUGAGUUACUCAGACAAAAACGUUUUACGUACAAAUGACAUUCAAGCAGCAAUCUCUUUCCCGAUGGUAUUCCUAGGAUCACCUGCAGCACGUUAAAGAGACCACAUCUCAUACACAAAAUCUUGAAAGUCUUCAGGGGCUGCUUUCCAGGCAUGAAGAUGAAGAGUGAAUAGCUUCCAGGAAUUAGCGGAUUUUUCCUUCCAUCUCCCCUGACAAAUGCACCAGCCUCAUGAGAAACACAAACUGAUUUUUCUGAAGUUGUUGAAGCUGGUAUGAGCAGAGUGGAGGGCAAUUUUUUUAGCUCUGUGAAGGUACCGGAUAUUUGAAAUGCUGAAAAGGAAACUACGGUUCUGCCACAACUCGCUCUUCAGGCUUUUCUUGGGGCUAACUCUUAUUCUAGUAAUAAUUUCAGUUUUGAAAGUUAACCAGAAGCCAGACUUCCUAAAUCGGAGGCAUCUGGAGCUGACUGAUGAAGAUCCUAUUAGCAGUGUUAGCUGCACAAAGGUAUUGGAGGGUGAUAUAGAAGAAAUUCAAAAGGUAAAGCUUGAGACAUUAUCUGUGUCAUUUAAGAAACGCCCCAAACUAACAACAGAUGACUAUAUUAACAUGACAGCAGACUGUGCCUCCUUUACCAAGACUAGGAAAUAUAUUAUGGAACCUCUCAGCAGUGAAGAAGCAGAAUUUCCAAUUGCUUACUCAAUAGUGGUUUAUCACAAAAUUGAGAUGCUUGAUAGACUUCUAAGAUCAAUCUAUGCUCCUCAGAAUUUUUACUGCAUCCAUGUUGACAAAAAGUCUCCGGAAUCCUUUUUUGCUGCCGUGAAGGGAAUAGUUUCCUGUUUUGAUAAUGUCUUUAUUUCCAGCCAGUUAGAGAGUGUGGUAUACGCUUCAUGGAGCAGGGUGCAGGCAGACAUUAACUGCAUGAAAGACCUCUACGGAAGAAGUACAAAGUGGAAAUACUUAAUAAACCUCUGUGGCAUGGACUUUCCUAUUAAGACCAACCAGGAAAUAGUAGAGAGGCUGAAAGCCCUGAAAGGUGAAAACAGCUUGGAAACAGAAAAAAUGCCUGUCUCUAAAGAAGUAAGGUGGAAAAAGCACCAUGAGAUUAUUGACGGUAAAGUAAAGAACACAGGCGCAGACAAAAAACGACCACCUCUCAGUACUCCAAUUUUUUCUGGUAGUGCCUAUUUUGUCAUUAGCAGAAGAUUUGUAGAACACGUAUUAGAAAACAGCAAAAUCCUUUCCUUUAUUGAAUGGGCAAAAGACACUUACAGCCCUGACGAGUACCUGUGGGCAACAAUUCAGAGAAUCCCUGAGGUCCCGGGUGCAGUUUCUGCCAGUAAUAAGUUUGAUGUCUCUGACAUGAAUGCGCUGGCCAGGUUUGUGAAGUGGCAGUACUUCGAAGGCGACGUGUCUAAAGGUGCGCCCUACCCACCAUGCAGUGGGAUUCACGUUCGCUCCGUCUGUGUUUUUGGAGCAGGAGACUUGAACUGGAUGCUGCGAAACCACCACUUCUUUGCUAACAAGUUUGAUACUGACGUUGACCCUUUUGCUGUGAAAUGCUUGGAAGAGUAUUUGCGACACAAAGCUUUGUAUCAGCAAAAUAACUGAAAUACUCACUUUAAGUUUUAUAAAAUAUAGAUACAAAUAAGAUACGGCUAUAUGCUUUAAUGUGUAUGGUGAUGGUGCUGAUGUGCUUUCUCAUCACAUCGGUGUGGUGGUGAUGAGACCCUGCCUCACAGGGAGGUCCAUGGACAAGGAGGAGAGAUGACCUGUCUCAAGUGAAGACAAGGAUGUGUCACGUUUUAUGUUGAGGCUUGGAACUUUGGGUAGAAACUAUGGGACUAGAUUAAAGACAGCAGUUUUUGGAAGCCCAGAUAUUUGGAAUAUUUAUUGUUAUCUAAAAAGUGUAAUUAAUGGGCUUCUUUCAUCUAAAGCAUUUGUUCAAAGACCUGGAAAAUGCAUAUCAUGCAUGGUCGUUUUCCAUGACUGUAAUACUAACUGGAAGGGAAAGAUGAAGAGAAAGGGGGAAAAGAAGCGGCUGGACUGCACAAAGUUCAUGUUGAGAUACUGAAAGAUCUCAGGAAAUUCACAUUGGAAUUUGUUUGAAAACUAAACAAAAGGGAAUAUACCAAAGCCAAUUGUCAUCACUUGAUGUAAAUUUGAGUGCUGCAGUUCUGUAAUACAUGAUUUUUAAUUUGCUUGGAAACUUCAUCUUCAGCUUGAAGUAUUAAGGACUUAUGUUUCAAUUUUUUUGUAGCAAAAUCUUGCCUUUGUACACUUAAAUUCUCUCUGAUUAUGUGAUACAAAGUUUAUAAACUAGUUUGUAACGUGUGUCUUCUCAGGGAAACUUCACUUCUGUGCCUAAUGAGAGUUAGAAUUAUAAUUUUACACUUGUUACUGUAUCAGGAGUCUUGCUUUCUGGUACAAGGUGACUCUUAAGUUUCUCAAAAACUUAAGAAUUGCAGCAGUGUCCAAAUGUUACUGACAGAACUCUGCUUCCUGUCAGGCUCAACUUGCAUUCCAGAUGCUUUUAACACUGCAUAUGCAAAAAUAAAGUUUUUUUUUUCUAAAUAA